AUGGCAAAGAAUCAUCUCUUUUAUUGCAAGGCGCUAACAGACCCUCCAAAUGGAUCCUACACGUCGACGCUGACGACAUACGGCGCCAUAGCGGCGUUGACGUGCCAGACCGGCUACCUUUCGGUCGUCUCUAUGGUAACGUGCACAGCGACGGGAGACUGGAGCAAUACGCCAACCUGUGAACCGAUAGACUGUGGGGACCCUGCUGCACCAAAUUUUGGGACCAUUGCAUACACUGGAACGAGUUAUGGUGACGCGGGAACGUUAACGUGUGAAGCCGGAUACGUAGUCGUUGGUGCAGAGAACAUGACGUGCUCAGAAAACGGAAUAUGGAGUGGCGAACCAACAUGUCAACCUGAAGACGCCGACCCUACCAACACAAAAGACGCCAACCCUACCAACACAAUAGACACCGACCCUAACUACACAAUAGACGCCGACCCUACCUACACAAUAGACGCCGACUCUACCUACACAAUAGACGCCGACCCUACCUACACAAUAGACACCGACCCUACCUACACAAUAGACGCCGACCCUACCUACACAAUAGACACCGACCAUACCUACACAAUAGACGCCGACUCUACCUACACAAUAGACGCCGACCCUACCAACACAAUAGACACCGACCCUACCAACACAAUAGACACCGACCCUACCUACACAAUAGACACCGACCCUACCUACACAAUAGACGCCGAUCCUACCAACACAAUAGACGCCGACCCUACCUACACAAUAGACGCCGACCCUACCUACACAAUAGACACCGACCCUACCUACACAAUAGACACCGACCCUAACUACACAAUAGACACCGACCCUACCUACACAAUAUACGCCGACCCUACCUACACAAUAGACACCGACCCUACCUACACAAUAGACACCGACCCUACCUACACAAUAGACACCGACUCUACCUACACAAUAGACGCCGACCCUACCUACACAAUAGACACCGACCCUACCUACACAAUAGACACCGACCCUACCAACACAAUAGACACCGACCCUACCAACACAAUAGACACCGACCCUAACUACACAAUAGACACCGACCCUACCAACACAAUAGACACCGACCCUACCUACACAAUAGACACCGACCCUACCAACACAAUAGACGCCGACCCUAACUACACAAUAGACACCGACCCUACCAACACAAUAGACGCCGACCCUACCUACACAAUAGACACCGACCCUACCUACACAAUAGACGCCGACUCUACCUACACAAUAGACGCCGACCCUACCUACACAAUAUACGCCACCCCUUCCUACACAAUAGACGCCGACCCUACCUACACAAUAUACGCCACCCCUUCCUACACAAUAGACGCCGACCCUACCUACAAAAUAGACGCCGAUCCGAUCUACACAAAAGACGCCGACUCUACAUACACAAUAGACGCCGACCCUACCUACACAAUAGACGCCGACCCUUCCUACACAAUAGACGCCGACCUUACCUACACAAUAGACGCCGACCUUACCUACACAAUAGACGCCGACCCGAUCUGCACAAUAGACGCCGACCCCACCGUUUCCAUAGACGCUCGGUAA